AUGAAUGAAGACAGUACAUUGGAAAAUCAAUACAGUCUGGAUCUAGGAGAAACUGCUUCUUCGGAAGAGGAUAUUGUCUCGGAUAUACAGCUGCCAGAGUUUCCAAAUAGCCAAUGCUUAUUUUCAACUCAAUGCAUGUGCACCGAGAAAUCAGCACUAUUAGAAGCAGUUCCAGUCGUUUCUCUCCAAAAUUUAAAGCAUUUCUUGAUGGAAAAGGAUUGUUUGAAAAUUCCACUCAUUCUUAAAUACCGAAAAGAAUUAUCAAUUUUAUUUAUUAACUCAAUUUUUAACGACCAACUUCUAGUUCAAGACAUUACAAAAGCUGCAAAUUUUAUCACUUUGGAUUGUCUACACGAUGAUAGUGACAAAGAAGGCACAAUUACCGAGCUAGAAAAUUUUCUCAGUGACAUUAUAUCCUUUCAUAACAAAGCAUCCAUGUACAGCGAUUCCAACAAGAGCAAUUAUUUCCAAAUAUUAUUUUCCAUCGUUUCAGAGAAAUAUGAUACAGAUUUUGAGGAAUUACUCGAUUCGAUAUCAAAGCUCAUAGUUGAAAUUGAGAAGUCUCAACCAAAAGUUCAAGAAGAGAAUAUUCACCCUUCUACGAGUCACCCAAAAACUCAAGUGGGGGAUGACACACUUUCCAAGGUACGAUCCAGUUUAGCUCGUGCAGAACAACAUUUAAAAAGAACACGAGAUGAGUUUGAGGCCGAAAGACAUUUAUUUGUGGAAAAUUUUGUAAAGACAAACUCUCCACACGUAUCAAUUUCUGAGAAUCAUCAUACGACAGACUUGACUCUGAACGAAUGCCAUGACAAUUCUUUUCUCUUUCCCUUCAGAGGAGACGUGCUGAGGUUGAAUCGAAAUCGAUUUCCAGCUCUUUUCGAGCACGAGAAGGAACAAGAGAAUAUCAUUAAGCAUGAUAUUACUGGCAUUCCAUCUCAUGAAUUUUCAACCGAUUCAGAAAAUAGCACGCAAACCUUCACCUCUGAACAAACUCUAUGGUUUUCUGUACAAUAUCAAAUAUUCCAUCAAUAUUUAUCUAAGAAUCUAACACCUCCACAACAUUUACUAAGAUCCCUAGAAUAUUUCAAAGAAAUGCAUGAACUCAAAAGGAUUACGUCUUCUAAAGAAAGUAUGAAUCAAUUCAAUGUUUAUACCGAAAGAAAAGACUUUUCCAUCCUAAAGGAUAUGGUUUAUGUGGAUUCACAACACAACAUGACCAUGAUGCAUCCCUAUGUACAUUCAUACUAUUACUAUUAUUACUCGAAACUAUUUAAGAAUCAUUUCAUGGGUGACAAUGAAGAGCAAGAUUUAGCAAUUUUUAACGACCCUUUGCAUAAACUUGUACCACCACGAAAGAAGAUCAAUCGAUACGCCUUUGGAAAACAAUUUUCACGAAAUUUGGCCAAGAAGCACGCUGAACAGUCAUCCACCAGACACAACACCAAUAUUUGCCCUGAAGAGUAUGGAUUUCCUUUUCGAGCACCCGAUCUAACAAGUAGCCCUGUUGUUUCUAUUUGCUCUUCUUCUGACAGUCCUACCACGAUAUUUACUCUGCAUCAGCUCAACAAUAAUGACACCAGCAACAAAUGA